CAUUUACCCAUCACCUCUAGUCUCAGGCCACCGUGACUCCCUCUCCCUCACCUCUUCCUUCGGCAACCUCCCAUGCUUUCCCGACUAUACGCCAGUACCUCCUCGCCGGCCGAGCCCUCUGACCGGGAUGUCCUCGGCGACCGACGCAUUUUUCUAGACACAGAAACCUACCGCCUAGUGUUUGCUGUUCCAGACUUGACCUGGGGACGCGUCGCACGCAUUGUUGAGCAAGCGGUAAAUCCAAUGUACAAGGGGUUGUAUGGGAUUUUCGAGCAUGACAUGGAGGAGGUGGCGCAGCUCUUCGCGGAUCUUGAGUUGCAAGCCAAAGAGGUGCGUCCCUCCCUCACGUUCCUCUUCCCCAAAGGUCAACGCCGUUUCAUCCCGUCUACUACCAACACGUGGUCGAGAUUUGAUCGACCCAAGCUCGACGUGGACGUGGACGUCACUUGGCACCAACAACAGAGGCCACAAAGCACAGACUCUUGCACCCAUUGGAUGAGUCUCCAAUCCCUCUUCUACGCGUACAUCCUCGGCGGCUUCACAUUUCUACCCCUCGUCAUCGCUGGCGUCGUCUAUUACUCCAUCUACACCGCCGUCCCCGUAGGCGACCUUGAUGCACGCAAGAAGCUCCGUGGAGAGCUCGCUCAGAGGGUCCGGGAGGAGGACCCGGAUCCCACCGCUGCCGCUGCCUCAGCCGCUGCGCUCGAUACCAAUGACAUGCCCAAGACACGCAAGGGGUGGCUGACCAUGCGACGCACGUUCGAGGAGUCCUCGCUGGACGGGAGCUACGUCACGCUGGUGCGCUCGCUCCUGGAUGCGCGCUCGAAGGACCCGAAGAAGUCGCGCCCCAAGGACAUGUGGUACGUCGUGCUCAAGGGCAAGAUACUGUACCUGUACGAAGACGAGGCGAUGACGGAGUGCGAGGCCGCGAUCGAGUUGGGGAGCCAUGAAGUCACUAUCUCGCCGGAGGGGCUCCUGGAUGGGGAGUUGUUUGCGAAGCGGAAUGCGAUCUGUUUGCGGCCCAAGGGGCAGGGCGCGGAGAAGAGCGGGAUGCCCAGUGUUACCAAGGAGAUGCAGCUGGAGGGGAUCGAUGUGGAGGGCAAGAUCGCAGAGGCGGAUCUUGGGCCUCGAAAGGCUGAGAAGGAACGUGAUGUUUUGGAGGAGGAGAAUAAAGCCAAGGAUGCGGCGCGGGAGGAGGCUUUGGACGCGGCCACUCCAUGGUUUAUCUUCGUUCGGGACAACGUGCUCAUGGAGGAUUGGUAUCUGGCGCUCGUCCACGCAUCCGACCAUCCGCCUCAGACGCCCUUGCUGGCACCUCUGCAACCGGUGUUCCAGGUUGCGGAUAUGAACCAUCUAGUGAAUACGCUCGACGAACAGCCUGAUGUCAUUCCCAUGCGAUGGUUCAACGCGCUUCUCGGGCGGGUGCUUUUCAGUCACUAUAGGACACAAAAUCUGGAGGACUUCAUUCUCAGUCGGCUAAUGAAGAAAUUGUCCAAGGUCAAACGACCGACAUUUCUUACUGAUAUCGUGGUGACGGAGGUGUCGGUCGGCAACAAGGCCCCGACGUUCAGCAAGCCGAUGCUCAAAGAGCUAACCAAGGAGGGCGAUGCUUCGCUCGAGGUCCAUGUACUACACAAAGGCGAAUUCCGCAUCACCGUCGAGGCCACUGCGACGAUCAAUCUCGGCUCUCGGUUCAAGCCUUACACGGUCAAACUGGUCCUGGCGGUAGUGCUCAAAGAAAUUGAGGGCAAUUUGUUGGUUAAAGUCAAGCGUCCGCCGAGCAAUCGGAUUUGGUAUGCUUUCACGCAGACGCCGCGGAUGGUUUUGGAGGUGGAACCCAUUGUCAGCGACCGCCAGAUCACUUGGAGCAUGAUUACAAGCACGCUGGAAUCCAGUAUCAAGUCUGUCAUCCAAGAAUCGGUCGUGAUGCCUAACAUGGAUGAUGUCGCGUUCUUCGACAGUUUGCCUUAUUCCCACAGAGGAGGCAUUUGGGCAGAUGCGGCGCGCCGGGACAAACCCGCGUCAUCCAUGUCCGAACAACCGGAUGACGAAGACGGCUCUACGACUUCUGGUCCUGAAGUCGGUCUGCGCGAGACCCAGUCGGCGGCGGAACUUACUCAUGAACCCAUUGCUACACCACCGGAUACGGCUGAGACGCAUUCCUUGACUGAAGUGUCUUCCUCCCGGCCAACUAAACGGAAGAGCUGGUUCUCCACCACACGGAGCGAGGGAAUGCCGAACGUGGAAGAGGUUGAUGAUGUCACUCGAGGGCGUUCGGUGGAAGUGGACAAAAGCCAGACGCAGCGAUCCAGGUCGACGCCCAAUGCUCCAUCAGACUCAACUGCGAGUGUGGACUCCGGGGAAGAGCCGCACCUUCGGCCUCCAUCACAGCCCAUCCGCGGCCAUUCAAAGUCGAAUUCCGUUGACGAGUUCACUGAUUCGUCUUCUGCGUCUGUGGCCAGUGGCUCAAGUCCGAUGUCUUCAUCGUUGCUUUCGACCCUCAAGUCGCGUGACAAGCAGGCCAUCAGUAAUACGGCCAAGGAAACCAUCCGCAAGUGGAGUGCUAACUGGAGUGGAUUGAUGAAGGACAAGGACAAUCGCCCUGAGCAUGAAGAGAUGCCUGACCAUGGCUUGUUUGGCUCGCGGUCAAGAACAGAUAUGAGCAAUAUGGUUUCUCACAAGGCACGACAGAGCUAUGCCGAGGUCAGGGCUGCUGUGGCUGAGCGCCGUGGUAGAGGGAGAGAUCCAAGUCCCGUGCCUUCAAUACCGGAACCACGGGAUCGCGCAGCUACUCUCCAACCGAACGGAACCGAGACUGUGUCGACCAACUCCAUAGCGAGGGCUGCAACAGACGAAGGCACUGCGAAAAAGCCUUCGCCUUCCCCGUCACGGCUUUCGACUCUGGAGCUUCCAUCGGCAGAGACAGGCACUCCGUCGCCCAUAUUCGUCCAGCCGCAGGCCAUGAUGAUGACCAUACCGGGUAUUCACGCCAGUCACCGGGGUCAAGUCAUGUCCAUGGGGUACGUCGCACCCGAUCCUACGCCUCCGACGCCCGACACGCGUGUGCGGACCCCAGCCAUCUCAAGCGUUUAUCGGCUGUGGAAGAACCCCGCUUCGGAUCCGCCCUCUGCAUCUGAAGAAGCGGCGGCGGCUUUGGCUCCUCGACCGACACCGCCGCCCUUACCCCCUCGCUCACGACGGACGACUUCCGUGUCGAAUGUACUCCGUCCUGAAGCGGACGCUCCGCAACUGUCUAAUGCGGAGACUGCCCAGCCGUCGGCAUCAGAAGCGUUGCAGACAAUCGCGGACAAGGACAAGGACAAGCGCGCGUCAAGAGAGUUGGUUGGGAACGGCUUUCCCCUGCCGUCGACCUCCCCGUCUUCUCGCCGGUCGACCUUGUCGUCCGCGGACGACCAGCCGGUGGGGGUCGCGAAUCCGGGCCCGCCGUUGCCUCCCCGCCGACCGCAGUGAGAAGCUAGUUCUCAUAUUUUUUGUAGUACUACCUGCGCGCUGGAAGUCACUUGUACAUUAUUUUGCAUAUAUGAUAAUAUUUGG